AUGGCGGCGCGUUUUGAUGUUAUGGACGGCAUGGACCAUUUCCAUUUAAAUCGUGACCGAAACCGUGUUAGAGUGAUUGUGGAAAGGGGAAACCCUUUUGAAGAUUAUGGUGACAGGAAGUUUGAAGAGAGAUUUCGUCUGUCAAAAGAAACAGUGCGGUGGUUAUUAAACCAAAUUAAUGAUAGUAAUGUACAUCGUACAACAGCACAACGAAUCAUCAGUAAUGUAUCAGACAUCAUAGCAUCAAUCUCUCCACACUUUAUAAAAUUUCCUAGAAGAGAAGAAGUGUGCUCUGUGAUGUAUGGUUUUUGUCAAUUGGACCGAUUUCCUGGCGUUCUUGGUACCUUGUCUCCUGGAGGGCAUAAUGCAGAACUUUUCUGCAAUAGGAAAUCAUAUUUUUCGUUUAACUGUCAAUCCAUUAGUGAUCACAAUUUGUUAAUAAGAGAUAUUGUCGUUUGA